UUGUCAUUAUUCCAAUGCUGUCGAUCAUGAUCAUAACCUGAACCGUCGUUGAUCCUCCACAUCUCGCCGUGUGGGGCCGUCCAAACUCACCUCCACGGCCCUUCAAUCGGCUCCGGGGAACUUGACAAGUCUCCACCAAAAGAUCAAUACAAAAGGAUACAUUUCUAAGGUUUAAAUCCCAGUCACGUCGCACUUCUAAAAGCGCAUUGUACCUGCCGGUCGCACUGACACGUUUUCGCCCUGCGGGGCACUGCCCGUGUCACUGCAAGCUGUGCCGUAACACGCUGCAAACGCCUAUAGCUCAGUCUUCCAACUCUUAUCCUUACAACCUUUCUCCUCAUCAACACCAUCGCGAUGGAUGGUUUAACUAAACUCUUGGGGCGCGGCAAAACUGUUGAGAUUGUUGAGCUUGAUAGAUCGGGAAAUGUGUCGCGAACCUGGAACCAUACCGUCGACGACCGUGUCGUUCCUAAGUCAAAGCCUAACAUCCCCUUCAUUCCCUCUCUGCGCGAGGCUUUCAUGCCAGUCGGAUAUCCUCACUCUGUGUCCACCGACUACCUGAAUUAUCAAUUCUUCGACUCUCUCCAAGCUUUCUUCUCAACCAUCACUUCCCUCCUCGCAAACCGAGCUCUCCUUCAAGGUCUCGGCGUCGGAGAUGCCAACUCCUCCGCCACCUUCGCCAUGCUGCUCACAGUCCUCAAGGACGCCAUGUCUCGCAUCGCCACUAUUGUUUUCGCCCACCAGUUCGGUCUUCGUAUUGAACCUGACGCCAAACGUUUCCGCUUUUUGGCUGAUCUUUUCAACGACACUGCGUUCUUUCUGGAGCUGUACAGCCCGUACUUUGGCCCUUAUGGAAAGAUCCUCGCCCUGACUUCUGGAGAGACGUUGAGGGCGUUGUGCGGCGUGGCUGCUGGUGCGAGCAAAGCUGCUCUUAGUGUACACUUUGCAAAGCACGACAACCUCUCUGAGCUCAAUGCCAAAGAGGCCAGCCAAGAGACCGCCGUAGGUCUUGUCGGUCUUCUUGUUGGAACUAUCGUGGUCAAGUAUGUCGAAGAUCACCACAGUGUGCUAUUAUUGAUGACUGUUCUCGUCUUUGCUCAUCUGUGGAUGAAUUACCUUGGAGUUCGAGCUGUGUGCAUGGACAACCUGAACCAGCAGCGCGCAACCAUCCUGUUCGAAGAGUAUCUCAAGACCGGCAAAGUCUUGUCCCCCGACGAAGUCGCCCACCGCGAGAAGAUUCUGUUCUGGCGACCCGUCGUCCGAAACCAGCAUGGCCAGAAAAUUGCACGUAUCGAAAUGGCCAAAAGCUACUGGGACGCCAUGGGCGCCAAAGCCCCCAACAGCAACAUCGCCAUUGUCGACGGUGUCCGGAACACACUCUUCGUAUGGUCACACUCAAAGCGCAGCUACACACCCAUCAAGAUCAUGCUCUGGAAGGAUGCCAGUGCCAUCCACGCCAUUAGUGCUUGGUUCAUGGCCAUGGAGAUGGCCUGGCUCUUGGAGAAGAGCAAGGGGUACACCGACAAGCUAGAUAAGAUCUUCUGCGGUAAAGAAGCUGUUGAUGGCUAUGAGCAGAAGUAUGAUAAGCGUGAGCUCUGGGAUGAGAUGCUCGCCAAGGGAUGGAAUAUCGAGUCGCAGGCUUUUGAGACAGGUGCCCCUGUUCGUCUGCUCGCUCAGCUGGAGGGAAAGAAAGAUCAGUAGAUAAGAAGUAUUGGCGUCAAGGCGUGAUUGUCACUGUAUGGAAUAAUACC